UAAGAAAUAAUAAAAUGUUAAGCAAAAAGUUCGAGUCUAACACUCAAGAUCCACCGUUUGCUUCCCUUGAUAUGAAUCUUGUGACUAUGGAAAGCAAUAAUGAACCAGAUAAGACUAAUCCGACCUUAGUCAAGAAAUCCGUUAGUGAAGUCAAGGUUCUCAAAGCCCCUGAUAAGAAGAAUGAUGAUAUUGUGCUGAACCUUAAGAAAGAACUGAUAUAUAAAAGAGACUUGGAAAUCAAGCAGAGAUUCCCUAAAGGCAAAUUCAUUGUUGCCUACGAGCCAAGCAAGAGGCAAGAUUUUUAUGUGAUGAGGUUAAAAGAGUGCCUCAAUAUUAAAAGAAAAGUAGCUUGGGUUGAUUUUUAUGACCUAACUACUAAAAAUGAAGACUACUGGGAGUUCACAAAAGAUAAGGAAGGAAUAGUGCAAUGGGAUAACAUGAUCGCACUCCUUAAUGUAAAAGUUAAGCCAAAGGAAGAGGUCCAUGCCGUAAAAUUAUUAACAAUUGGUCCUUUGCUUGACAAGAUCAAUAAAUUCAUGGGCAAAAAGAAGAAUAAGAGAGAUAGGAAAAGACUUGAUAAACAAGAAGAGAAUAAAGAAGACUCUGACUCUGAUUUUGAUGAUAGUGACAGCGAUGCUGAUACAGUCAACCUGCUCCCAGGAAGCAAGAAGGAAGAAGCUAAACAGAUAGCUGCCCCUGCUGGAAAGAAGUUUUUUAAGAGGAUUAAGAAGACACCUGGCCAGAAGAAAGCUCUAGAAGAGAAGAAGAGGAAAGAUGCUGAGAAUAAGGAUAGAAGGAUCCAUAUCGAGCUUGAAGAAUCAGGCAUCCGCAUUGUUAAAACACGUAAUAUAAAUGACACAGAUAAGGAAGAAAUUGUUGAAGUCGACCCAACUCUUAAAGAAAUCAGACCUAAGAAGUGGAAAGUAGUUGAAAGAGAGGAAGAAAACAAAGAAGCAGAGAUUAUUGAUGAAGAAAGAAUGAGAUUUUCUGCAGAUUCUAAUCUCAUCUAUCUUGAAGACUCUUCCACUACUUCUAACAGGAACAUUAUCAGAGCAUGUUUGACCGAUAAUGCUGAUCUAGCUAAGCUCUGUAUCAACGAGAAACAACUUAUAACAUCCCUGAUGGAAUCAUGGAGUCCUGAGAUAAAGUCUACUGCUAUCGAAUUAUGUAUCACUAAUAACUCUCGUAAAGUCUUACUGCUAUUGCUUGAUGUCUGCAAAGAAGAGGAAGAAAAGGUCAGAGCUAACCCGAAUAGGGAACAUCUGAAGAAAUUUGAUACUGGCCAGGUCGACGAAAGAGCAUUCGGAACCAGAGUCAGGAAAGUAGAAAUGAUGAGAGGAGGGAGACAAGGAAACAACGCAUUUAUGCAAGAUGUUCGAAGAAAUGAUGAGUACAAAACUAUACUUCAGCAGCUUAAUGGGGAUGAAAUCUUAGCUGUGAGAGUUGCUUACUCUUGUAAUGUAGAAAGAGAAACUUUAAGGCUGAUAUAUGAAGAAUUGAAAGACCAAGCUGCUCCUUUCUUCAAGCAACUCUUCUUCCAUAUUCUCAGAACUGGCAGAAGACACCUUGCUGCUGAGUGCCUUGAAAUCCUAAAAAGAGUUGGUGAUGCUGAGACGAAAGAACAAAUCACUGAUGAAAUGAUAGAAGUGUUACAACUUGAAGACGGUAAAAUUGAUAUUGCAAAGUUGGACUCAAAGCAUAAGUUUGAAGGAGUUACUUAUCUCCAUCUUGCAUUCAUCAAUCCUAACUGAUUUGACCUUAUUCAGAGAUUACUCAGGAAGGAAUUUAAUAUGGGUAUGAAAGAUAAAAUUGGAGCAACUCCUAUAUUUUAUGCUGCUGUAAAUCCAAACACACAAUUCUUGGAGUUCAUUCUUGAAGACGAGGAUCAGUACUUAAGAGUUUAUGACCAAAAGAUGAACACUCCUCUCAUCAUGGCUAUCAUUGCUAGAAGAAUUGAGAAUAUACAUUUUAUUAUCCAGAAUGUGCCAACUGCAGUUAAAGAUAAAUCUAUUCUGAGACUCACCCCUCUCUCAGUUGCUUGCAGGAAUGGGCAUGUGGGCACAAUGAGAACUCUGAUGUCUUAUGCAGGAAGUCCUUGCAACCAAGCUGGAGGUUGGGAGAAAAUGACUCCCCUCUGUUAUGCAUCCUCAUACGGAUACCUCGAUCUUGUUGAAUAUCUUUUGACCUUCACUAAAGCAAAGAUUGAUAAAGGAGAUAAAUUUGGAAGAACCCCUUUGAUGCUCGCUUGUAGGAAUGGGCAUGCAAAGAUUGCAUCAACUCUUUUAAAAUAUGGAGCAGACCCUAUGGCUCAAGAUACUUCUGGAAAUUGUGCUCUCCAUUACGCUGCUGCUUAUGGAUUCCCAGAAUGUGUUGAUCUCGUUCUCGAAAAUGCUAAUGCUCAAAAUCUUUGGAAAUCUACUCCUCUCUCAAUUGCUUUGAUGAAGAGGAACUUGGUCUGUGUCAACCAGCUGCUAGAUAAAGCAGGCACUGUCAAUGCAAAUGUGAAAGAUGAUAAUGGAAAUACUCUCUUAAACAUCGCUAUUGAAAGCAUGAAUGAGAGUAACUUCGAUAUGAUCAAGAAAAUCAUCAAAGGGUCUAAACCCAAACUGGCUGAUGGCGAAGAAUCUAUCACAGGAGAUACGCAAGGAGCUGAUCCAAAUAUUCCCGAUGCUGAUGGAAAUACCCCUCUGAUUAAAGUUAUCCAAAGACUUGUUGAAAAACGUAAAAAGAAGCAAUCUUAUAAACUUGAAUUAAAGGCUGCAAAGCUACUUCUCAAAAAUGAUGCUGAUCCAGGUAAGAAAAACAAAGCUGGUCAGAGUGCUAUCACAAUGGUAAUGCAGACAGGAGGAUACUCUAACACUGUGGAUAAAGAAGAUGGUAUUUCAAAAUUAAUCCAAAUGUUGUGGAAAGGAUUUUCAUUUCUCAACAGUCCUGAAUCCUUCUUCAGUUUUAACAAGAGUAUUCUCUCUCCAGAUACUCAAGCAAUGAUCAUCACAUUCAUUGAAAAGUCCAUCAAAGAGAUCAACGCUACUAAAGAAGAAGACAAAAAAGAAAAAGAAGAAGAGGAUGUCGAAAUGAGUGAUGAAGAAGAGAAAAUAGAAACCACACAGCCAGGAGUCCUUCCAAAGAAGAUCAUUAAUACUCUUGAUGAUGAAGGAUACACUCCUUUCCUGAGAUAUAUAAGCCAGUUUACAGCAGAAGGAAGAAAGAUCCUCCAAAGAAUAGAAAGAGAAAUUGUUAGACUAAACAUUACCGAUGCUAAAGACUUUAGCAAAGUAGACAUGUCAGUAAUGAUGAAAGACCAACAAGCAAAUAAUGCAUUCGGUGGUGGCUUCGGUGGUGGAUUUGGAGGUGGAAAUCUCUUUGGUGGCUUUAAUAACCAACCUAACAAUCACCAGAAGAAACUGGCCCUUGAAUUGUUUGAUGAUAGUAUUACAAAGCCUUUCACAAAGUUCUUACAACAAUUGAUUGACUUUGGAGCUAACCAACAUGCUACUGUUGACAAACUUAAGGAUUAUAGAGAAGAAGUUGGAACAAAUGGAUUGAAAUUUAAAAAGAGAGAUAGUUAUGGAAAGAUAAGGAAUGAAUAUUGAAAUGCUGGGCUCUCAAAUGCUUUGCACUUACUCUUGGAAUUCCCAUCUCAAACCCUAUUUGACUUCAUUCUUGACUCUAACGUAUCAACAGAAGAGAUUAAUAUUAAGAAAAUGACUCCAUUCUUUAUGCUUAUCAAGACCAAGGAUACAACUUUACCCGAAUAUAAACAUUGCCUUGACAAGUUUAUUAAUUCUAAGUCAGAUAUUGAUUCUCCAGAUCAAUUCGGUAUUUCAGCCUUCUGGUACUGUUACCAGAACCAGAAAGUUGAUCUAGCCUUCUACCUAGCAAGCAAAGGAGCUGAUGUGAAUAGACUUGAUAAUUACGGAUUCUUUGCUCUCAAAACCGAAGUUUUUAACAAUAACCUAGACAGAGUUCGAAGACUGCUAGAUGUAGGAGCCGAAAUUAAUAAGAAAGAUGAGUUUCAAAGAACUGUUCUUCACCAUGCAUACAACAGAUACAGACCUGGAAACGAUCUUGGAAUUAUCAAGUAUCUAAUUAACAAAGGUGCUAAUAUCAAUGAGAAAGAUUUCAAAGAUAGAACCCCUCUCCACUACCUGUUUGUGAAAAGCAACCGGAGAUUUAAUCAUGACCCAUCUGAUCCUUCAGACGCCUUAGUUGAAGCUAUCAACUUGGGAGUGUCAAUAACUCUAAACGAACCAGAUAAGAAAGGAAACACUGUAUUGCAUUACAUCUGUCAAAGAUGUUCUAUCGAGUGAUUAAAGAUGCUUAAAGCUUAUGUGAAGCCAAAAGAUUUCGAGAUUACUAACCAAGAUGGCAACACACCUCUAUCAGUUGCUCUGAACUUUAUGCAUGUCAGUAUAAUCACAUAUAUCAUCAACAACUUCGCUAUCGACUUGCAUGGAUACGUAUUUAGACUUCACAAGAAUCAGUCCCAACUAGGAAAUAAUGUUCAAGGUGAAGAGAGUGACUUCGAAUUUAUGUUUACUCAGGAAGUCAAAGAAGAUAAAGAGAAGGAAGCAGAAAAGCUACUUGGCAGAAAAUCAUACUUCGAGUACUGUGUGCUCAAGCCAGAACUCAAUAAUGUAGCUAAGCUAUUGCUAAAUAAAGGAUAUUCAAUCACAAGAGCAUUCAAGGAUGCCUUUAAAGUUGGAAAUUAUCAGCAGUUGUUCCAACUCUUGAAUAAUAUGGACCCUAUUUCUGUGAAGAAUGCUGUGAAUAUGAAAGAUGAUAGUGGAAGAGGUAUCUUCCAUUCCCUUUCAAAAGCUCCAUCAGAUUCAGCAUUUGAUUCUAUCUGUAAAACUUUGAUUGAUAAAUACAACCUUGAUCCUAACGAUACAGAUGUUGAAGGAAACACUCCAAUAAUGCUUGCAUGCCAGAACGGAAAAUCUAAGCUAGUGAAGGCUCUUGAGCUUCUGAACUGUUCUAUCUUUGACACAAACAUAAAAGGUGAGAAUGCAAUCCAUCUAAUGGUGAAAGGAAAAAGAAUUAAGAAUUAUAACAGGAAUCUUCUGAAAUACCUCAUCUCCAAAGGAGUUGACAUCAAUGCUCAAUAUGAAGAACAAGAGUAUGUUGCUUUUAGAGAAGAGUACGAGCUGAAGAAGGAUGAAAAUACUACAGGAGCAAAUGAAAGUCUCAUCUAUAAAUGUACUCCUAUCAUCCACUUGAUCAGGACUGAGCAUAUGGAAGUGUGGGAUAAAGGAGAUAAACUUGAUGACAUCUUUGAACAAACUCAUCUUAGAAUCAAUCCGAACCAGACAGACUCAGAUGGCAAAGACAUGUUCAUGCAUAUGGCUAUUCUCAAUGAAUUCGAGUUGGUCAAAUAUGUUGUUGCCUGUGUGUCUAAAAAUUACCAAAUUUCAAAAGCCCCUACUGGGACUGAGGAGCCAAAACUUGUGGAAGAAAUUAAAGGAGAGGUUAUUGAAAAGGAAAAACUUAACGCUGAUAAAGGAAAGUCAAUUAAAGAAGCUAAGAAAGCUCCUCAGAUUGUAAAACCAGUUUCAAAACAAGAAUAUGAGGAAGAGAUUAUUAUCACAGAUAAAAAUGAAAUUAGGAGACAAGAGAAAAUUGAGAAACAACUUAUGAACCAAGUCAACCAGAUUGAAGGAAGUGAUGGAGAUUGUAGUGACGAAGAUAUGCCAGAAGAUAAGAAAGAAGAAGUUAAAGAAGAAAAGAAAGAGACUCAUAUCCCUAAAACUAAAUAUGGAAUCAAUCUUGAACGUAGCGAUAAUACUGGAAAGACUGUUAUUCAUUAUAUAAUCACCCCUAUCACUUAUGGAUCAUAUGAGAAUGAAGAUUUCUUGGAGUACAUGCUUAAGUUUGGAUUCAGAGGAGACCUGACGGAUAAUGAUGAUAAGAAAGCCCAUGACUAUGCUGCACAGCAAUCUUCAGGAACAAUGCUUAAUAUUCUUAAAGAGUAUAAAAUUGCUCCUAAUGAUCUCCAAGUAGAAGAUAUAAUGAAUAAAUAUAAAAAGAUCGAGGAUUGGAGCAAGACAGACUACCUCAAAGACGCUCAAGAUUUCUUAGAUCUUGUCAAGAUGAACAUGGACAAUGAAAAGCUUGUCCCAUGUGACCCAGCUGGAAAAUUCAAUGACGACUGCAUAGUUCAUCAAGAUGAAGAGAAUAUUUAUGACUGCCACCUCACAAGAGUUGAUAUUGGUAGAGACGAGAGAGAUGACUACCUGUUCUACAAACUUCAAGUUGUCUAUGAUAAAGGAAGAGAUCUCUGGAUCUUAUUCACUAGAUGGGGAAGAAUUGGAGAAGUAGGUGCCUUCCAAAAGACUCCUUAUCCAAAAGAAGAGUGCAUUGAACAAUUUAAAAGUAUUUUCUUAAGCAAGACUAAAAAUGAGUGGAAAGAUAGGGCCAACUUCAAGAAGCAUUGGUGGAAGUAUCAGUUAACCAACGUUAACUACUCCAAUGUCGCUCAUCAAGACUACUUAGUCCCAUUCGAUUUCACUAAAUCAAAGGCAAGUAGGCUGCAUCCAAGUGUUCAGGAGAUAAUGAGAGAAAUCACUCAGGUGACAAUGUAUGUGAAAGGAAUCAAGAACCAAGGAAUUGAUAUCAACCAAAUGCCUUUCUCUAACAUUAACAGAAAAGAUUUGCUCCAAGCAAGGAAGAGUCUCACUAAACUUAGAGAAAUUCUUGAAGAAUUGGAGCCAAUAGAAGCUAGAUUCAACAGAUUUAGCAAGGAAGGAAAAGAUAAAAUAGUUGCUCUGAGAGAAAAGAUGUGGUAUCAUAGCUCAAGAUUUUAUGAAAUGGUUCCUCAUGAGCAAUUCAAGAACGAGAUUGUCCCUCCUAUUAACAAGAUGUCUAUCCUGAAGGAGAAGGCUGAGAUGAUUGAUAACUUAAUCAACUUCGAAAUGGGGUCCAAGAUCUUACUUGGAGCACAUAAAAAUUCUUCCGAUGUUAACCCACUAGAUUACUGUAUGGAUGCUAUGGGAGUUGAAAUCUCUGAAAUGGAUAAAGCAUCUGAAGAAUUUAAUAUUCUAAAAGAUUAUUGUGUUGGAACGUGGCCUGAGAACAAUAAUGCUAGUAAAAAGAUCAGAAAUAUCUUCAAAAUUCAAAGAAAGGGAGAAGGAGAGAACUUUGAAGAGUAUAAUGAUCUAUCGAAUAAGUUCUUGCUCUUCCACGGGUCAAGAAUUAGUAACUUCAUGGGUAUAAUGUCCCAAGGAUUAAGAGUUGCUCCUCCGGAAGCUCCAAAGACAGGAUACAUGUUCGGAAAAGGUGUAUACUUUGCUGAUAUGCUUCAAAAAUCAGUUAACUACUGUAAUGACAACAAUGGAGAAGCAAAUGGAAGUAAAUUUAUGCUUCUCUGCGAAGUAGCAGUGGGUAAGAGCCAUAAGCUCACCCAUGCUCAAUACAUGGAUGAACCUCCAGCAGGAUAUGACUCAGUUCAAGGCCUUGGUCAAAGAGGUCCAUGCUACGCUAAAUGAUUUGCUUUCCCAGAGGGAUACAAAGUCCCCAGAGGAAAGUAUCUUGAAUAUGAAUAUGAAAAGGAUAUCCAGGAAAGAGUCUAUCUCAGACAUAAUGAAUUCAUUAUUUAUAAGACUGAGAAAGAAAAGAUGAGGACUCAAAAUAAUGAAAGUUCUUCUGAAAGUAACCCUGGACAGAUUAAAAUGAGGUAUUUAAUUCAGAUAAAAUAAAUUUUAUAAAUAAUUAUAUUAUUCCAAUA